AUUGAGUUGAUGCAGGCUUGGUCUCAGUUUUUGCUAUUGUUAGAAACCUUUAUCCUUCACUAGUUUUCACCUUCUUUAUUAUGUUUGACUUCCGCAACGAACCUAACUACUACAUUUUCAACAUCUUGCUAUAACAGAAGAAGAGGGAAAACAAGGAAACCAAAGCAAAAUGGUUGACCCCACGCAGUACCAGGACGGUUCCGAGUGGGAUUCCGUCUUCGGGAAGCACGCCAACGUGGACGACUACUGCGUCGCCAAGAUCUACAUCGACAGUGACAGCAAGAAAUCGCUCACCGAGUGGAAACAAGAAAUUCUGAACAAGCACCUGAAGCAGGACUUACAGUCCUACCUGUGGUGCCGGGACCAGUUUUUUUUGGAGGAAAAGGCGCAGAUAAAUGCGCUCGAGCCUGCCUGCCUCGAAGCCCGCAUCCGAACCGGCGACGAGCCGCGGGACGAGUGGUUUUUGUUCUAUUUGAUGAAGAACCGGGUGACGAAAAACAUCGGCGAGUGCUCCGUUGUGCUGGAAGAUCAGGACGGGUCGUUCUUGGCGAUUGAAGCGGCUCUGACCCUUCCCAAAUGGGUGAAUCCAGAGACGGCUGUGAACCGGAUCUUCCUGCGCGACGGCUGUGUGCAUUUGCUCGAUCCGGUCAAAUGCAGUGCUGCUGGUGCUGGACAUGGCGGCGAUCAUAAUAAAGCCGGUGGUGCCCCCGCCAGUAGUUCAUUGAGCAAGCAAGCGACGAGUUGUACAAAGAACCCGCUACUGGCCGAACUUUCGCUACCAACCGCGUUGCACUACCUGCAGAAGCACGCGGACAGCGGGCGGACAAUUGCGAAGGCCAACGUGCAGCGGCAAUUGCAGCAGAAGAUCGAGAGCUUUCCGAAGAAAGCACUAGAGCAUUGCACCCACUGGUUCCAGUGUGUGUUGCCGAAAAACGUGGCUUUGUUGCUGGAAAAGUAUCCAGCAGUGAUUUCCGACGCGAUGAUGCACGUGCCACCGCCGCCCGCAGUAGAUUUGAAGAAGGGAAUGAAGGAGAUCAAGGAUCAUAUUAGUAGUACAGCAGAACAACAUCAAUACUGCAAGUUCAUAACGUCCGCCGGGCCGAAUUUUUUCACCGACGCGGAGACCGCGAUUCUGCACCCGGUGCGCUUCACGCGGUUGCAUUUCGCCAAGCUGCAGCACUACUUGCUGGAGAUAAAGUUGCCACGGGAAUUUCUGGCCCUGGAGUACUACAAAUUCCACGAAACCACAACUACAAAUCUCGACUCUUCCAAGACACCAGCCCGUGCUUCGCUGUCCAACAGGGACCGCGAGGCCGCGGCAAAGAUGGGUGCCUUGGUGAGUUUCGCGUUGCAGUGCUGCUUCUUUCUGAACGGGGAAACGCUGUCUUUCGGGAGCGGGUGGCUGCGGUUUCGAGACGGCUUUAAAAAGUUCGUAGAGGAGAACGAGAUCGACCACUUGAGCGUUAAUACCGCAGCGUCGGCGAACGUGAACGAGCACGAGAUGAAGAAUAAAGCAAGCAAUAAUCAAGCGCCUAGCACCAACAUCCCUUGUAGUCCUGUUUCUGUCUCACAAAAUAACAACAGCAAAACCCCUGUCGAAAACUCCCCGUUAGACUGGCUGACCGUGGAUCCGACCGAGCUGGAUGCGGACCUGCAACAGAGACUGGACGAGUUCCAGAAGUUUGACAACAUGGACGAGAAGGAGGCGGAAAAGUUAGGCGGGAAAUUGCAGGACAUUUUGGGAAAGAUUUCCGGCGUGGAUGGCAUCGACCCGGAGAACUUCUUUUCAGAAAGUGACGAUGAAGCCGAAACCGACGACGAAGACGUGGCGUCUUCUGGUGUCGAGAGUGCAAGCGACGAGGAGAUGAAUAAAUCGGACAAGAAUAUUAAAGGCACUUCUGCGUCUUCUGCCGAACAAGCUGCUACCUCCAAAGCAUCACCUGCGACUACAACCGCAUCCAAGGUGAGUGGAGGUCCUGUCGAAUCGUCCAAAGAACAGGAAAAAAAUAGUGACAAUAGCGCAGCGGCAGCUGCUAGCUCUGCUUACCCUUCUGUAAGCCUCGCCGCGCAAUUGAAGGACCGGCAGGCGUUUUCCUACACCACGUACCGAAAACUGCGCACGAGUUGCCUGAAAAAUGACAAAGCGACAGAUGCGGAGAAGAAGAAGUUCCGCACUUUGAGUCGUCGAUCGGAUGACGACGAGACGGAUUCCGAUUCCGAUGAGGAACAGACGAAGCGACAGGAGGAAAAGGAGGAGAAUGCAGAUAUUACAACGACCUCCAAAAACGGAGACAAACAGACCUGCUCUGGACAAGAACAAGCUGCUGGCACAUCAACUACAGCGACUACCUUCACUGGCGGCACCCCGCUGGUUGCGCAGUACGAGCGCGAUACUGCAAGAGGUUCCGAAACCAACAUCAACUUGACUUCCGAACAUGACAAAGAGAAGGAGCACGCCCUGUGGGACACGCAAGAGUGGCAAAACGACGUGAAAAAGUCGGUGCGAAUCAAAAACUACGUGUUGAAACCGAACGCGGGUCUGAAAGAACGGGAUUUUGCGAAGAAAAAAUGGCAGGAAGACUAUGACAAAAUCCACGCGCAACCGCCGAAGGAGGGUGAAGAAGUAGUAGGGGAGAUGAAGAGCGAGCAGCCGGAGAGCGGUACGGAUCUGCUCCAGAAAGCGACCGGUGUUUCUGCUUCUUGUGAAAGCGAAGCGAAAGUUGGGUCCUCUGCGGAUAAAGAGGACAACGCAUCUACUACUGAAGCAGCUUCUGUUGCUGGUUGUGCUGGGGACGAGAAGAAAGAGGGGAUCAGUACGAAGACAGACACGACCAAUACGGCGGAACAUCAGCGAGAUGAAGAAAUAAACACGGAACGACAAGCAGAGACUUGCGACAAAGGCUCCGGCAUCGACCUGGCUCGCGACGCGAUUUCUCGGCGGGAGUGGCUGGCAGAGCAGCGGCGGGAAAAGGAGCUGAUCGUGAUGCUGGAGAAGGAGCUGAAAGAAGGACAGUGGACGAAAAAGUCGGACGAAGCAAUAGACGUGGCGAAGUUCUUACAGGAACUGGGCAUGGACGACGAAGAUGAACAGGAAGAUGAUGUCCUUGCAGCUGACACCGAAGCAGAAGAGCACCUACCAAAGAAGGCACAGCUGAGCAAACCAACGUCUUCCAAAGUAAAAGCGACCUUGUUACCCACAAUUUCCGAGAAUGACGUUGAGGAGGACGGUGCAGCUGAAAGCAAGACCGCUAGUGCUAAAACAGCUGCAUCCGCGACGACCCCGAGCAAUAGUUCUACUGCGUGUAGCACCAACAAUUUAAUGUCAUCCACGACAAGCAUUUCAGCCUCCCCCGCAACAAGAACAACUUCCUUUAUGACCCCAACCGCUGUUGCUCCGAAGAAACUUUCGCCCACGUCCUCCGACAAGGAGGGACACGAUGCAGAACUGCUGCGUCGCCACAAUGAGGAUCUGCGCGCGGAGCUGUUUGGCGGCGGCGGCGGCAGCGGCAUGCGGAGCAAGAAGCAGAAAUUGUAUGAAAAUCUGCGCAUCGACGACAUCGACGAGGACAUGAUGACCAAAGCGUGCAUGGAAACGGACGAGGACCUACACGGCGACAAAAACAAUUUAAGCGACGACGAGGACGAAAUCGAUUUGGUCGAGAGCGACAAGAAAUUUUUUCAAAAAUUGAGGGAAAAUGCGAGCCCGUUUGCCUAUGACAACGAUCUUCCGGGACACAAAAAGCAAAUCAUCAUCAACGACAUCGCGUCGGAAGCGAAAAAGAGUCAAGCAGAGAAACAAGCGACUUUGGUGAAAAAGCAUCAAGCGGGAGGAGGAGAGACAAAAAUCCCGUCCGAGCCCACCGCCAUUCCGAAAGCGGCGAUUCAGCAAGUGGCAGAAGCCGCAGGAGCUAAGAGCGGCGUUGUGGCGGGUAGUGGUGGUCGCAGCAGUGGCAGCUGCCAAAAGACGACGCUGGCAGCAGGGGCGCGACUGUCGAAGCCUGCGAAGCGGGUGUUAAAGCAGCAGGAAGGUAAAGACGAAGAUGCUGACGACGCGUCUUCGGACAGCAGCGCGGAGUCGCACAUGAACUUCGACGAGGAAAUGGAGAAUGAACUGAUGAAAGAAUUUCCGGAGCUGGGCCUGGGCGACCGCACCGUGGACUUGAAGGACGCUUUGCAGGAGCACGGAGGAGCAGCAGGAUUGUUGCUGCGGGAAUUUCAGGGAAAGUAAGAGUUGAAAGAAAUGAACGCUACGGCAAUGACACAGUAACAGUGCGCCGCUUUGCAGACAAAUUUGGGGAUUGAGUUCGUUUACAUACUAAAAAAAUCCGUACCGUGACGAAGUACUAGUUCCAAAAAGAUUGAGGGUGCUUACAGGAGGAAAAUUCCGCUUUGAACGACCGCGAAU